GAAGAAAACGUGAAAGGGAGAGGGUGUAUUUACAAAUUUUUGGCAAAGUCACAGUGUUACAGUGGCUCGCUAACAGAGUGGGCUAAAAGGAGGGAGUGCCAUUUAACUUAAUCAGUUAUUGGGCGUCUUCCAUUUCUCAUGAUGAUGCACCUAGCUUCUCUCCUGCUGACUGCUGGAUUUUUGCACCUUGCUUUGGCCAAUGGGGUUGACCAAUUGUCCUGGUUUUACCGAAUGCAACCCUCGGCCAUCAUGGAGCCUGACAGCACUGGGGGAGACUGUCCAGCUGAGUGCGACUGCCCACCAACCUUUCCCAUUGCCAUGUACUGCAACAACCGUGGCAUGAAACAGAUGCCAUACAUCCCCUCUCGCAUGAAAUAUAUCUAUCUUCAGCACAACCUAAUAACUACAGUCUCAGAUGAGGCAUUUAAAAAUGGCACCAACCUAGUGUGGGUCAUGCUGCAUGAGAACCAGAUUGCUGAGAUGGGAAAAAGGGCCUUUGCUAUUCUAGUGAACCUGGACCGCCUGUACUUGAAUGGCAACAACCUGACUGAGGUGCCAUCUAACCUUCCUCACUCUUUACGUGACUUGCGUCUCAACCAUAACAAAAUUGACAAAGUGUCGCCCAGUGCUUUUGAAGGCAUGGAGAAUCUGACAACCUUGCUACUCAACCACAAUGCUAUCCAGGACCUAGGCAGCACUCUGAAGGGCCUGAAGUCUCUCAUCUUGCUCGAUGUGAGUAAAAACCAGUUGAAGAAAGUACCAGAUGACCUGCCCACCAUGCUGCACCAGCUCUAUUUGGGCUCCAACUCCAUUGAUGCCAUCCCAGGCAACUUCUUUAACCAGUUCAACAACCUGCAGUAUGUGCGCUUAUCCCACAAUACCCUCACAGAUAAGGGUAUUCCACCAAACACCUUCAAUGUAAGUAGUCUGGUAGAACUGGACCUCUCCUUCAACAAACUGGAAAGGAUCCCAGCGGUUAGCACCAGCCUCGAAAACCUCUAUCUACAAGCCAACCAAAUCAAAGAGUUUUCCCUGGGCAGUUUCUGCAGUGUGGUGGACGUAAUGAACUUCUCCAAACUAAAGGUCCUUCGUCUGGAAGGCAAUGAGAUCACACAUAGGGAUGUCCCAUCUGACUUGAAUAUGUGCCUCCGCUUUGCCUCAGACAUUGCCCUGUAACUGUUCCAUCAGGGCAUUAGAGGGCAGUCCCAUGCAGUUGUCUUCUCUGUAACUAUUCCACUAAAUACUCAAAAAAUUUUGUGCUGUUUUAUUGUUUUCUCCAUGUUUAUCAUGAAAUGUAAUACUGUUUAUGUUUGUCUUAAAGAAGGAGUAACAAAGGAGUUUUUGGUGGUACAUGUAUAUGGUUGGUGCAUGUUUUUCUACCUGAUUUGUGGGUGUUUGCUUUAGUAUGUUUUACGUUAUAGCUAAGAAUUAUGUCUACAGCAUAGUUUGUAUGUGUGCAUAUAUCUCUGCAUGUUGGUCAUAUUUUGAAGUCAGAGCAAAAGUAAAAGACAUGAUGAGUUGUUUUUUCUCAUUUUAAAAUCUGUUUACUUUCUGAACAUGUCUCUCUUAGAAUAACUUGAUUUUCAUGCAUUUUUGGAAUGUUUGUUAUGCAUUGUGUGUAUUGUAGGCAGCAUGUUAGAAGACUAUGGUCUGGACGUGUUCCAAGAACUUUAACCUGAGUGAACAAAAGUAAUAAAUAUUUUUAGUUUUUAAAAAAAAAUACUGUGAAUCUUUACAUUGCUUGUUUACUUAAUAACUUCCCUUUCUAAAAAGGAAGUAGGCAAAACCAAAUGUGUCUUCCCAUACCUAAAAAUCAAUAUGGAAAUUUGGCUCCACCUUCUGGAGGAAAAGUACUUAAUGUCCACGGUUAAAUAUGGUGGUGGCUCUUUAAUGUUUUGGGGAUGUUUUUCUGCCAGAGUACCUGGACAUUUUGUUAGGAUAUAUGGCAUCAUGGACUCUAACAAAUAUCCACAGAUAUUAAAUGAACACCUGACAGCCUCUGCCAGGAAGCUUAAAAUGGGCCGUGGUUAGAUCUUCCAGCAGGACAAUGAUCCAAAACAUACAUCAAAACCAACACAAAAAUGGUUUACUGACUACUAAAUCAAGGUCCUGCCAUGGCCAUCCCAGACUCCUGACUUGAACCCCAUAGAAACCUGUGGAGUGAACUGAAGAGAAGAGUCCACCAGCGUGGACCUCGAAAUUUGAAGGAUGUGGAGAGAUUCUGUAUAGAGGAAUGGUCUCAGAUCCCUUGCCAACCUUCAACCUCCUCAGGUAUUAUAGGAGAAGAUUCAGAGCUGUUAUCUUGGCAAAGGGAGCUAGCAGGAAGUAUUGACUAAAAGGGUGCCAAUAAUUUCUGCACAUCUAUAUUUAACUAAUAUAGUUGUAGGAAAUAGACCUGAUUUUUGUUUGCAAUUGUUUGAUAUCCAUGAGCGCAGAGUUUUUUUUGUUUUUUUUUUAAAUUUUAACAAAUGAUUAAAAGUUUAAACAAUAAAGACAAUGCUUCACAGCCUUUGCUCAUAUUUACCAAGGGUGCUAAUAUUAGUGUGGGCACUGUAAUAACUAUACUAUAUGCUACUAAAUGAUACUGUUCAUCUCAUAGCAUAUCGUACAUUUUAAUUUAUUUGUAAAUGAGGUGGAAUAUAACACUGAACAUUACAAUUCUACCACUUUAAUAAGUUAUGAUACAAAUCAUAAAUGAUUAUGCCCCAAGAAAUAUGAUCAAGAAUAACAUGCAGGGCUGGAUCACGAUUCGGCAAGGACCAUGUCUUUGGAGCCCACUACUAUCAAUUGUGUCCUACAAAUGCAAACCUCAGUAUCUACUGUAUACCAACACUUAAAUGGAGACAAGCUCACUUACAGUACUACUCACUUACUGCAAUCUGACUUUUUCUGAUUGUAAAAGCUCAAAACUGUCUGAUGUGUACCAGGUUUUUUCCUUACGACAAUUAAGAAGCGAGAGUCCCACCUUUUCCAUUGGAUUUUUUUACGGCUGCUUCUAAGGUCAAACAGACUUCAUACAAAUCCAUAAUGAACAUUUUCACACUAUCUGUUGUUGCCCAGAUGAGGAUGGGUUCCCUUCUGAGUCGGGUUCCUCUCAAGGUUUCUUCCUCUUAAAACAUCUUAGGGAGUCAGUGGCUUGCUCAGUUGGGAUAAAUUCACACCUUUCAUAUCUGUAUACCGUGUUGAUAUUUCUGUAAAGCUGCUUUGAGACAAUGUCUAUUGUAAAAAGCGCAAUACAAAUAAAA